AGUCACAUAAAGUUUAUUCAGUACUUAUUAGAUACUCAUAUAAAAAAAUGGCAGAUUAUUUUGGAGAAAUGGGGUGGACUCCCCUUGAAGAUGGACAAGCACCUGAUUAUUUUUUGCAUCUAGCCCGUUUGUUAAGAGACUUUAACAUGUUCGAAGAGUUAAACGUGUUGAAUGGCAAAAAGUUAGCACCUCCAGCCUCAAAAGAUUUUGUGGCAGCCAUUCCAAAUGAAAAUAUUGAGAGCAAUGAUUUACAAUGUCCAGUUUGUCUUAAAGAACAUAGUAAAGGAGAAACUGCAAAGAAAUUGCCUUGUGGUCACUUAUUUCAUAAGGAGUGCAUUAUGCCUUGGUUAUCAAAGACAAAUUCAUGCCCGUUAUGCAGAUUUGAGUUACCUACUGAUGACGAAGAUUAUGAAGCUUGGAGGAAAGAGAAGAAAACGAGCAAAGGAACGAGAAGCUGAUAUUGAACAUUUACAUAAUUCAAUGUUUUCUUGAAAUAUGAUAGAAAUAACAUUUUGUGUGUGAUUUACAGCACAGAUGGGUUUUAAUUGCAAUUUAUACUUUAGAAAGGAGUUAUUUAUAAGUGAAUUAUAGAAGAAAUAUAUGUUAUAAUUUAU